GGAGCGCGGGCGCGAGCGGAGCCGCAGCUGUGCACGGAGCUCCACGCGCUGCUGACCGGGACGCCGGGCGGACCACAGCCGCCGGACCGCCAUGCCCAUCGACAUGACGCCGCUGUGCCCGACCCCGGACGACUUCCUGCCGCCGGCCCGCCGGCCGGUGCUGCGGUUCGAGCGCCGCGCCCGCCCCGGCGCCAAGCGGGUGACGUUCGCCGACCAGCGCGGCCUGGCGCUGACCCGGGUCAAGGUGUUCUCCCAGCUGGACGACCCCGUGCUCAUCCCCGCCGCCGUCCGCGAGGCGCUGCGCUCGGCGGCGGCGGUGGCGGCGGCGGCGGCGGACCGGCCCCGGCUGGACUUCGCCCCGCCGUCCUCGGACUACCUGCGGUUCCGGCGGAACCUGGAGACCAACCUGGUGAGCCUGGAGCGCUGCGAGCUGCGCGGCGGCGCCCUGGCCGGCACCGUGCGCGUCAAGAACGUGGCGUUCGAGAAGCGCGUGGCGCUGCGCGUGUCGUUCGACGCCUGGCGCAGCCACGCCGACGUGGACUGCGUCUACGUGCGCGACGCCUUCCCCGGCGCCGCCGGCGACGCCUUCGCCUUCUCGGUGCCGCUUCCCGCCGCGCCGCCGCCGCAGCGCCGCGCAGAGUUCGCCGUGCGCUACGCCGUGGCCGGCGCCGAGCACUGGGACAGUAACCACGGCAACAACUACGGCAUCGCCUGGGCGCCGGCGUGGAGCCGCCGCCCGGACUCCGCCCACUCCGGCAGCUCCGCCUGGUCCCGGGGGGCCCUGCCCGACUGGCCGGGCUUCGCCGGAUACGAGGACGUCGGGCCGUACUACUGAGCGCCG